UAUGUUUCCCUAUAAUGAUGGCGGGCAUGAAAUUUACGGCUGAUUUCACAAAGGGAGUCGGCAUAAGACCACAUAUUACUCUGAUUUUACCCACGGUAAUUGAGAACUAGUCUACUUAUAUAAAAUUAUAUGCCUGCCCUCUAAAAGGAAGGAACGGCUAAUGUUACAAAUGUUAGAUACGGCAUUUUUGUGACGUCGUGCAGGUCCGGCGGGGGGGUUCGCAGUGGAGAAUGGGCCAACAAAGAUAAUAUGGAAGAUGUCGAAAAAAUAUCUCUGGAUCCGCCCCUGCGAACAGUUACUUUAUUUUGAGAAUCUACGGCAGAUUUAUUCUCAACUUAGAUUUUAGCUCUGAGUUUUAAGCCACUUGGCGACACUCCAAAAGUUUACACGGACCCCGUCAUGAUCGAACCAAAUUCAUCCAAUCGUUGGGAUGUCGAUACAGAGAGCACAGAUGGCGACGAAAACAAGAAGCGCGGGAAUUGGUCUAACCAGUUCGACUUCAUUUUGUCUUGUCUUGGCUACGCUGUUGGUCUUGGCAACCUAUGGCGGUUCCCUUUCUUGUGCUUUAAGAACGGAGGCGCCGUGUUUCUGAUUCCAUACGCUAUUUGCCUGUUAUUAAUCGGGAUGCCAAUAUUUGUGCUGGAAUUGUACCUUGGCCAGUUCUCUAGCAGUGGACCGCUAACAGUGUGGAGAUUCUCACCCAUGUUUACUGGCGUAGGGAUCGGCAUGAUGGUAGCUUCUUCUUUGGUUGGUAUCUACUACAACAUCGUGAUGGCUUGGGCGCUGUAUUACCUAUUUGCUUCCUUCACCAGUAAACUACCUUGGCAGGACUGCGGAGACUGGUCGUCUGACACGUGUAUCACCAAGCUUCCAGACAUCUCAGGCUGUAACACAACUCUCCAGGAAGUAGCUUACCCCAAUGGCACGUGUUACAACGCCAACGGUACUCUGCUGGGGGUCUAUAACGACACCUUGCUCAAACAAUACAACAUUACACGAUCUUCUGCCGCGGAGGAGUAUUUCUUUAACACGGUGCUUCAGGUGGGGUCGGGCUUGGAAACAUUCAGCGACCUGACCGGUAUCAGCUGGCAGCUCAGUCUGUGUCUCCUUCUUGCCUGGAUUAUCGACUUCUUCUGUUUGUUUAGAAGUGUGAAAUCAUCAGGAAAGGUUGUUUACUUCACUGCCAUAUUCCCAUACGUCGUGCUGAUCAUUCUUUUGAUUCGCGGCGCCUUGUUAUCGGGUUCACUUAACGGCGUGGAGUGGUAUAUCGCUAAAGCAGAUCUUAGUAAACUUAGGACUCCUGAAGUAUGGCUAGAUGCCAUUACACAGAUAUUUUUCUCCCUGUCAGCGUCUUUCGGUGGACUUCACGCACUCUCUAGUUAUAAUAAGUUCCACAAUAACUGUCUGAGGGACGCCAUCAUCGUAUCCCUUGGCAACUGUCUGACCAGCUUCUUUGCUGGUUUCGUGGUGUUUUCUUACGUGGGCUACAUGGCAGAGCUGCAAGGGGUAGACAUCGAUGAAGUUGCAAAAGGAGGACCGAGUUUGGCGUUCGUGAUUUGGCCGUCAGCAGUGGCUACCAUUCCUGUUUCGCCCCUGUGGUCCAUUCUUUUGUUCUUCAUGCUCAUUACACUUGGCUUGGACAGUCAGUUCACCCUGUUAGAAACAAUUUUCACUGGUUUGUUAGAUGCAUAUCCCAAAAUACGUAAACACAAGGUCUGGGUUCAUCUGGCUGUUUGCUUAGUUCUCUUUGGACUUGGCCUUCCUAUGUGUACCAAGGGUGGCCUGUAUUUGCUGGACUAUGUGGACAGCGCCAUCAAUGGAUGGCCAAUGGUCAUUCUUGGACUGACCGAGUUGAUAGCAGUGGCAUGGGUAUACGGGGCCUACCCGAGGUACAAAGUCAUAUUUUUGCGCGCGAUCGAGGACAUGAAAGUUAUGCUGGGAGAUAGUCUUCUCUUGAAGAUAACUGCCCCCUGGUGGACACUUUGCUGGAUUCUCAUAGCACCUGUUCUUCUUGGAGUGGUGACCGUGGUGUCGUGGAUAUUGUACAAACCAAACCCUAGUUACUUCGGUGAAGUUUUACAGUGGCUGGUCCGGUUUGCAAUUGUCGGGCCAAUAAUCAUAUAUCCAGUUUUAUAUGGAAUCUAUUGUCUUAUUGUGAGACCAAAAGACAAAACUUUCAUUCGUCCUCAGCGGGAUUGGGGUCCUUCUCUCGUGAAGCAUCGUCGCCUAGUGACGUACGAUCCAAAUUUCGUGACGGAUCCUUAUCACGAGGAGAUGGGCUUGACAACGCGCAACGGGAAAGAAACGCCUAGCGGGAAUGUCAACGUAGGAUACGUAUACUGAUGUCAUCUGCGAAAUGUUGUUGAUGCUGUAUUAUAUACCAGCACUCGGAUGCAGUGGCGAAAUCUCCUGAAGCGGAAACUAAACGUGCACUGCCAGUGUCAAUGUUUUUAAGAUUAACAAAGGUCUUCGCUUUUAUGACGUUAAAUAUCUCUGCAUGGUAACUCAAAAGCAUUCCUGGUAUUCGUUACGUUACGCCAUAUCACUAUGAAUGCAGAAACCACGGAAUAUAUUUAUCAUGGUUUACCAGAAUACGGCGUCAUUUUUUAUGAUGAUAGGAUUACACUUGCACAGUGUAACAUAAUUUUGUAUAGAAAUGACAUCAAAAUAAUUUCUGUGAACAAAAAGAUCCAAACUGGUUUGAAGUGUUCCAGCUUUAAUUAUGAGAGCAAGUUGAAGGGGGAACUAAUAUUACUCACUCAUUCUAAUACGUGCACGUAAUAAUUUUAAACAUGUCCAAGUGUUUCUGUGUCUUUUAAACAUUCCAUACACAAGAUAGGAUUUUAUAUAUUAGUUUAUGUCAUAUUAGUUUAUAUUUCAUGUUAGGCAUCUUUCCAGUGAGACAUGAAUUUUAAAAAUUUUGUUCAAUAUAUUUUUGCAAAGCAAUUGGAAGUAUUUGUUGCGACCUGUAUACACAGCACACAAAACUGUAAUUCUAUUUUAAUCUUUAAACUGUUUGAUGUUCCUUUGUACUGAAAUCCUUUGUUACAUUAAAAAAAUUAAUCGUGUCUUUAUAAAUGUGCAGUAAACGCUUACAUACAUCUGUUUCAAAGUGUUUAUUUAAGGCUGUAAAUAGACCGUUUGAAGUGUGCUGAUCACCAACAGCAGUUGCAGCAAACGCAUGUCAUAUCUGUAGGUUCUUAAAUGUAUAUCUAUAAUUGAAUAAAUUUAUAUCUAUGGUGCAA